AUGCCUUAUGAAUGUAAAGUGUGUGGGAAGACCUUCUGCUAUAACUCAGAACUUAAUCUACAUCAGAGAAUUCAUACUGGAGUGAAACCUUAUAAAUGUAAUGAAUGUGGGAUGGCCUUCAGAUUAUGGAGACAAUUUAUUCAACACCAGAGAGUACAUACUAGAGAGAAGCCUUAUGAAUCUAAUCAUUGUGGGGAGGCAUUCAGACCAAGUGAACAGCUUACUCAGCAUCAGAAAAUUCAUCAUGGAGAAAAACCAUUUGUAUGUAAUGAAUGUGGGAAAGCCUUUAGUCUCGAGAAACAAUGUAUUCAACAUCAGCGAAUGCAUACUGGGGAGAAGCCUUAG